AUGUUUGCGAUAUUAGAUAAUACACGAGAUUCUGUCGCAACAAGACAAAAUUUACUUGAAUCUCUAUUACGUGAAUGUCAACAAACAACUCAGCCGUUCCUUAAUCAAUUAAUUGAAUAUUAUUUUCAAACAGAAUCACUAAAUGCUCUUCUAUUAAUUAAACAAUUCAAUGAAACAGGAAAAGAACAAUCUAAAAUAUUGAUUGAACAUUUAAAUACACAAGGUUUAAAACAAUGUAAUCGUCAUUCCAGUAGUAGUGUUAGUAGUGAAUUACAUUCACAUGAAGAACAAGAAAAAGUCGCUCAUAUUAUGAAAGUCUUUCGUAUUUUAUGUCUAAUUAUUCACAGUCAAGUAUCUGGAUUACCAGCACUUAUUAAAGAUAGUGUAGUACUUCCAAAUUGUCUCAAUGCAAUUAUGAAGUGUAAAGAUGAUCCAAAUGUCUUAGCACAAGCCUGUUAUUUUUUUGCUGCCUUAACUGCAACUUUACCUGGUGAAAUUGUUCAACAAACAGAAUCAAUUCUGAAUAUAUUUAAAGCAACAUGCAAAUAUCUUUUUAAACAUUUAGCAGCACUUCGGCAAUUGUCAAUUCAAACAAAUUCUCAUUCUCUUGAAAAUGUUCAAUUAUGGAUUGUAAAUCAAUCAGCACAUGCAUUAUUUUAUACACUUUAUACAGUAUAUCCAUGCAAUUUUUUAAAUCAUAUUCAACGUGAAUUUCAACGAAAUGAAAAUCUUGAUUUAUUUGAAUAUAUAUUUAUGCCUAUGUUUCAACGUGUUCGUUUUAAUCCACGUCUUAUUGAUAGUGAUCGUAAACGUGAAGUAGAAAAAGUCAAGCGUUUGAGACAAUAUUCAUGUAAUAUUAUUUAUGAAGCACGAAAACUUUCACUUGAUCCAUUAUUUGGAAGAGAAUCACCAGCAACUCAUAAUUGGAUGCAUCAAGAAAUGAAAAGAAUUUUACCUUUUUAUAAUUUUAAACGUACGAAUAUUAAAGAACACAAUACAUCUUAA